AUGAAUGAUCAGGUGGCACCAGGUUUUAGGUUCUACCCAACAGAGGAAGAACUCGUUUCAUUCUAUCUGCGUAAUAAGCUUCAAGGCACAAGAGUAGAGGAUAUCAACAGGGUUAUACCAGCUCUUCAUAUUUGUGAUUACAAUCCAUGGGAUCUUCCAGAAUUUGCAGGAGAGCGUUGUCGUGGAGAUCUAGAGCAAUGGUUUUUCUUCGUUCCAAGGCAAGAAAGGGUAGCCCGUGGAGGAAGACCUAACCGGCUCACGGCACAAGGAUACUGGAAAGCAACUGGCUCUCCUAGUUUUAUAUAUUCUUCACAAGAUCGUGUAAUUGGUAAGAAGAGAACAAUGGUUUUCUAUGCAGGAAGAACUCCACAUGGAAGAAAGACUGUGUGGAAGAUGAAUGAGUAUAAAGUGAUUGAAUUUUCUGAAGUUUCCUCUUCAACUACUGGAAAUCCACAGUUACGGGAAGAGCUCAGCUUAUGCCGAGUCUACAGAAAAACAAAAGGCAUGAGGGCGUUUGACAGAAGGCCACCGCCACCAGAUGAAGUUGUUGAAGGCCACCAAUCAGUGGCGGCACACCACCAAAAUGUGGAAGCAACAUCUCAACAAAACCAUCCAGUAGCAGAUAAAACUAAUUACUUAUUUGAUAAUUCAUCAUCUGAAGAUCAUCAUAUUCCUAAUAACAUCUUGGAUAUGGCUGUUGAAGACAAUGAACCUAGCUCUUGGGACUGGGAAUGGUUUGAUUUUACAAAAUUUUGA